GUAAGUAUCGGGAUUGGCACAUUAUGAAUGAAGCACUCAGAUGAAGUCUAAUAUUAUCUAGCCAUUUUUAACUGGAGCUAAGCUUGUUCCCUGAAUGACUUAAAGACACAAAAUUCAUAUUGAGCAAGCUAAAAAUUGUAGACUUCCUCUUCAUAGUUGAGCCAGACCGAAAGCAUACCUCUCUAGAUAUUAAAACAAAGCCAAAAAAAUGUAGAGCCAAAGGCACCAAACAUAAAAACAAGUCAGAGUACCCUGAAGGAACUAAAAUAGGACUCACCCAAGAAUCUGAUGCUGAUAAACUCCGAAAACUACUCAAAAACCCUCAGAGUAAUGCCAUGAAGGAGACAACUUCGAAGAAAAAGUCCCAUUCUUAUUCGAGAAUUAAUAGGAAGAGGUCUAGCCAUGAGAGGACAUUGAAUAAGGAUUCUGAAGAGAAUAAGGAUGAUGGGAUCAGCUUUGUAAAGAAAUAUUUUAAAGACAAGGAAGAAAAUCGCCAAGGCUCUUCCAUAAACACUAUCGCUGGUAAUUACAUCUGCCUCGAUCAAGGAGAGGUCAUUAUCAAAGGAAGAGAUAUAGAAACCGUAGUUCCAUGUGAGAUUGAAAAUGUAUUCUUUGAGAAUGGAAGAGGCAAUAGCAUGAUCUUGCCAAACCAGCCUGUGAAGAUAACCAUUACUCCUAUUGAUGAGGGAGAGUCUGUUGAGUCUGAUAAGAAUAAUCCUUCUACCACAAAGCCUAAUCCUGACUUAAACAAGAAUUCUUCAGAUAAUUCUUCAAAGCUUCAUCCUGCAUACCUGCAAUUGAUGGGAAUUAUCGAAAAACAUUUCUGCUUGAGAGAGGUCAAGGCGACUUGUGGACAAAGCGAAGAACGCCCGAUGAGUUCUUUUAACAGUAUUGAAAAACAACGCAACGGUGAACAAAAUGACAGUCUACGAUCUUCCUCCUCCAAUAGAGCAUUCCAGGAUCAGAAUAGGCCUGAAAAUGAGAGCAACUCUCAGCCUAUUUUUCAUAAUGCCAAUAAUGACAAUUGGUUUAGCAAUGGAGGCUCUAAAUCUAAAAAUCCAUAA